AUGACGGCUAAACCGCCUGUGGUCAUUGUUUGUGUUGGCAUGGCUGGCUCAGGCAAGACAACGUUCAUGCAAAGAAUCAAUUCGCAUUUACACUCAAAGCGUGAACCGCCUUAUGUUAUCAACCUAGAUCCUGCUGUUCGCAACGUCCCAUUUGAGAGUAAUAUCGACAUAAGGGACUCUCUCAACUACAAAGAGGUGAUGCGGGAAUACAAUCUGGGUCCUAAUGGAGGGAUCGUCACAUCGCUAAAUAUAUUUGCAACGAAGAUAGACCAAAUCAUCAAUAUACUAGAGAAACGCACAGCUCCGAAUCCGGAAACUCCUAAGGCCAAGCCAAUCAAGAACAUCAUCGUGGAUACUCCAGGCCAGAUUGAGGUCUUUAUGUGGAGUGCUUCUGGAAGUAUCCUUCUCGAAUCGCUUGCGUCAUCGUUUCCUACAGUCGUGGCAUACAUCAUUGAUACCCCCCGGACAAGCUCGACAAGCACAUUCAUGAGUAACAUGCUUUAUGCCUGCAGCAUACUUUACAAAACGAAGUUACCAAUGAUUCUAGUGUUUAACAAGACGGAUGUCAAGGACGCCGAUUUUGCAAAAGAGUGGAUGACGGACUUCGAAGCCUUUCAAGCAGCUCUAAAGCAAGAAGAGGACGGCGGAAGCUUUGGUGGGGUGGAUGGUGGUGGAGGAUUUGGAGGAGGCAGUGGUUAUAUGGGAUCGCUACUGAACAGUAUGAGUCUGAUGCUUGAGGAAUUUUAUCGACAUCUAAGUGUUGUGGGAGUCAGCUCCAUGACGGGGAAAGGUAUUGACGAUUUCUUUACGGCAGUCGGAGAGAAGGCGGACGAAUUCGAGAGGGACUACAAACCAGAGCUUGAGAAGCGAAGAAAGGAGAGACAAGAAGAAAAGGCAAGCAAGAGGGAGAAAGAUCUUGGGAAGAUGAUGAAGGAUAUGAAUGUUUCGGAGUCAAGGAAUGCAUCGGGUGGUCCAAACAAGGCCGGCGUUGCCCAAAGACAUCAUGUUGAUACCCUAAGCGAUCUGGAGGACAACUCAAAUUCCGAGUCUGAGGCGCAAAUGGUUGAGCCAGACGAGGAUGAAGUGGACGAGGACGGAGCAGAAGAUGAGGCCUACAUGGAUGACGGACUCACAAAGCGCUACAAGCAGGCAAUAGCACCUACCACUCAGGCAGCUUCCUCAGGAGGAGAUUCCUCUGAACAAAGUUUCGCCAAAUAUCUACGGACGACUCAGGUGGGAUAA